AUGCGAAGACUUCGUGAGGGUCUUCUUCAAGUAAGAAAUCAUCACAAGUCUGACGACGGAUUCCAGCUGCAAUUGUGUUCCCUUGGUGAACAUGAAUUUAGAAUUGGUGGAAAUUCCGUUGUCAUGGAAAAUGCACAUAUUAGAAAGACAACUUCGAGAACAUUAGACGUUGAAGACUACGACAUGCAUUCAAGGUUCACGCUACAAUUGCCAACUGAAAAGGAGUUGAAUUCAUGGCUUGAUGAGCUAAAGAGAGUGGCUGGAUCCACUUUUACAAAUAAGAAGGCUACUGUACCGAAUAAGAGACCAGCACCAAUACAUCGAUCAAUGACACUUACAGCGCUAAACGGUGGUAAUAAUAACAGUAGAGAAAAAAGAAAUUCGGUUAUGAAUGAAACUCCGGUGGUUGGAGGCAACAGUAAGCCAAUAACUUUGGUGGAAUUAGUGAGAAAACAGAAUUGUUCGAAUUGCAACUGUUGUGAAUGUAAUAGUAAUCAGUCAGUGGAAUGGAUUUCAGUAAAUCUGUUGUGUGUCGUUUGUAUUAAAUGCUCGGGGGUUCAUCGGUCAUUAGGUUCACACAUUUCAAAAAUAAGAUCACUGACAUUGGAUAAUUUUACGUCGCCUGAAGUCUUACAUUUGUUACGAUAUAAAGUUUCCAAUGCGAACGUGAACAGUGUUUAUGAAUCGAACUUACCAGUUGGUAGCAAGAUAAAACCCUUUGCAUCUGACGUGGAAAGAUCGCAAUUUAUCACGGAGAAGUAUAAAAAUAAGGCUUGGGUUGAUGACAUUACUACAGAUAUCAAUCAGUCCUUCAAAGAGUUGAUUAAAGCGAUCCAUUUGAACAGCAUUUACAUGUUACAAAGAUGUUUGGCCCAAUCGAAACUUGGGUUAAGGGAAAUCGUUCAAAGAAAAACACCGCCUGAUGAGGAACUGCCAACAAUUUUCCAGUACUCACUGAAGCAUCAUGACAUGGUUCAUGGUCGUCCUCUGUAUUAUAUUACUGAAUUUCUGCUGUUAAAUGGGUUACCGGUUGACGAGAUCCCGUUAGAUUGUUUAAAUUCAGAUCAUCCAAUGUAUAGAUAUUGGAAGAAAAGAUUCGAAACUUACGGAACUUACCACUGGAGUCCGCAAGGUAAAAGUGUUGGUAGAACUAAUAGUGGUAUAACUUCCAUUUCAUCUUCAAAUUCGAUUUCGUCUAAUGAUAAAAAUGCAAAUAACAAAAGAUGGAGUUUAAAUGCAAUGCCAACGACAGCUCAAGUUAUUAUGGCACCUACGAAUCUAUUGACGGUGCAUAAAUCCUUGAGACUAUCAAGGAGAGGUCAUAGUAGUGGGAAUAAUUGA